AUGGCACCAUUGUCCCUUGAGCAGGCGCAGGCGAUUGUGGACGACAUCCGGGUGACAAACGGUGGCUUCCGUCCCGAGGUUCAGAAAGCGCUGUCCGAAGAGGCACUGAAGGCCUUCAAGAAUCUGCAGACUAUAGCUGGAAGUGCGAUUGUACACGUGGCAGAAGACCUGUACGACGCGGACACACGGUUCAUCUUCGAGCUUAUCCAAAACGCGGAAGAUAAUUGUUAUGGCCAUGCUGCUAGUCAAGCGGAGGAGCCAUUUCUUCAGUUCACUCUACAUAAAGAUCAUAUAACUGUGGACUCAAACGAGGACGGCUUUACUGAGAAUGACGUGCGGGCCAUAUGCAGCAUUCACCGGAGUUCAAAGAAACAAACAGGCGGCUAUAUCGGCCACAAAGGCAUUGGCUUCAAAUCUGUGUUCAAGGUUGCAUACAAAGUAUCUAUCCAGUCAGGGCCAUUUUGCUUCUUCUUUGAGCACCGCCAGGGGGAGAGUGGGUUAGGCAUGAUCACUCCGUUCAACGAGAAGCCUCGGGAACUACCUCCUAGUGUGAAAACCCGAAUAACCCUCUUUCUUACAGACGGAGGCGACUUUGAGCGUCGUGCUUCGGAGCUAAGGGAGAUCCCGGACACGAUGCUGCUCUUUCUCCGUAAACUGCAGAAGCUCACGAUUGAGAUUCCCCCCCUGCAGACACUGAUAUCUUUCAGGCGCAACGAGGACUUAUCAAAGCACUUGGUUACACUUACCAAAGAGAUGAAUGGCGAACGACUGAGGAAAUUUUACCAUCUUGAAAAGACCACCCUUUCCAAUCUCCCACAGCAUCCCAGUCGCCCUGGGCAACCCGAGGUUGACCUAAUCCUGGCCUUCCCAGUGAAGGAGGACUUCAGUCCUCUCAUUGAGGCCCAGUAUGUGUAUUCCUUCCUCCCGAUGCGUCAUGAGGGAUUCAAUUUUCUCAUCCAAUCGGACUUUAUCACACAAGCUAAUCGACAAGGGGUCCAUCGUUGCGAUAGAAAUUAUGCUAUCCGCGACGGUAUUAGCGAAUUGUUUCUCCAGGCCGUCGCCUACUUCUGUAAGCACACGUCGCUCAGAUAUGAAUGGCUACAGUAUCUUCCGGGGACGAACAUACACGACCCCUUCUGGGCUGACCUUCGAGAGAUGAUUUUCGACCGCCUAAAGGAAUCCAGAAUUCUAAUUUCCCGAAGAGGUGUUUUGAAAUACCCAAGGAAGCUUCAGCACCUGUCAUCACAGCACUGCGAUCAUCAUGGUCAACCUCUGUUGGACGAUAUCGAGCCUGAGGUUUACCUGGCGCAGUCAUACAUUUGGACUAAACAUGCUGAGAAUUUGACCGAUCUUGGUGUGACAAAUCUGUCUUACGAAUCCAUCUUGGAUCGUUUGGAACCAUACCUCGAGGGCCCAUCACCAAGGUUCCUAGAUUCGAGUUUAGACGACGAUUGGCAUACCAAAGUUGCAACUUUGCUUCUGCGCGCUUUAAAACGGCAGCCAGCACGCUCCUCUCUGACUGAACGAAUAAGAAAAAUGCCCCUCAUCCCCACUUCAGACGGGUCCCUGUUGCCAGCUCGGUCUUCUGCAGUCUAUUUCCCAGAUGAUAUGAGAGGGAUUCCUAUACCCGAGGGCCUGAAAGACAUACGAAUCGUUCAACGGAGUGUGCUCGAAAACAAAGCAAGACGAGAACUCAUUGAAACAUUGGGAGUAGCACAUUGCGAGCCAAGCAGAGUAGUGAGGUCUAUUCUGAAGCUGUACGAUGUACGCCAUGGGGUCACGCUAGAGAAAUCAGUCAGCCACUUGAGGUACCUCUUCAGGACCCUGGGGAAAGAUGAAACCCUAGACAAUCGCAUCUUCAUCAUGGACAAGACUGGAAAACGGGUUUACCGUGCUUUUGUCACUUUGGGUGCCGAGAUUAUCAAGGACGACUUAUACUUCGAGACUCUGGGAGAAUAUGGCACCAAACACCUCGCUCAGGACUUGCAGUGCGGGGUCGACCAGCAGAGUUGUCCUCCCUUUGAAAUGCAUAUUAUCCACCGCGCAUAUAUUGAGGCUGUACCACCCGGGACCGUCAGUAAUGGGCGCACUUGGGAGCAGUGGCUGGAAGAAGUGGCAUUGGUUCGCCGCAUCCCAAGGCUAAAAAGUCCCCGGACAGAUGGAUUAUCCACGCUGUGUCAGCACAUGGCAAAAUAUCGCCCCAUGACCCUGAUAGGAAUAUUGAGAACAUACUGGAGCAGCUUCCAAUCAGAUCUCUCACCGGGCGUGAUCAAGGCCUUGAAAAACAUGCAAGUUCCUUGUCGGAAUCACUCCCAGGCCCGUCUCCAAUAUACUUAUUAUCCAUCCAAGGAGAUGCAGCAGUUAUGUUCCGACGCAACUGUCGAGGAGAUUUUCGACAGAUUCAUUGAUAUCCCUGCUAACUUAGCAACCGAUGGUAUCGAGGGAUGGGAGUUCUUAGCCUCAUUUGAGGUGCAUCUAGAGGAAGAUAUUGACUUUUUUUGGACAAUUCUCUGCUACCUAGAAGAAAAAGCCACUCAUAACAUCCAGACACAGGCCGCCUUCUUCAGAGUGUAUAAGGAGCUCUUCAUUCGGUUUCCCGAUGAUCCCGUCAGAUUGCGGGAGAUUUUCACGGGUCGUGAAUAUGUCUGCAUUCCCGCAUGUCCAGGGGAGAUUCUAAAGUUAGCAUCUCUCGAAGAGUGUGUCUGGAACGGACAUCCCUCUCUUCGGACGAAGCAUCCUCUUGCUACUCACCCGGAAUACUCCAACGACCCACAUGUAUCAUGUUUUUUCAAGGAUAUACUCUCUGUUCGUGAUGCGGACGUCGGCACGUACAUCGAGGAGCUUCAGUGGCGCAAAGAGAACGCGGAUGUUGCUCUGGAUGACCUGAAGACAAUUUACAGCUGUAUCUCGCAGAAUAUACAGAAACCUGAUGAUGACGCUAUGAUACUGCGCAAAUUCACUGAACAGAAACUGGUCUAUCUUCCGACAGAACAAUCUUGGGUGACGCCUGAAUCCUGCGUAUGGGCAGACGCUCCAAAAAUUGGAGUACAGUAUGGCAUCAGCGCUGUAUACCUGGAGCUGGAGAGCUUCUUCCGCGGUCCUCUGAAUGUGCAGACUCCGAGAACAGCGACCUACAUCGAGCAACUCAGGAGGUUAGCAUCUAGUGAGGUUGUGGAUAUUGGUGCGGUCAAAACUGCCAUCUAUAACCUCAAUGCGCUGCGGCCAGGGGCAGAUGAGCUCAUGGGUCUUUCACACCUUAAGUUUUUGCCGGUAGCAUUGCCCAGUGGAACUGUGGAGAUACUAAAACCCACCGAUACAUUUUUCAUUGCAGACAGAGUCGAAUAUCUUGCUGCUUUUCGGGACAAAGUUCCCAUUCUGGACUUUGCUCUUGAAGAAGGCAGGCGGUUGCGCCACCUCCUGGGAAGUAUCGGUCUGCAGAACCGAUACAUGUCAACAGCAGUCCAGGAGCAGACUGAUGUCGAUCAGCCAUCCCACGAGCACUGCUCCAGGGAAACACGGGAGUUCCGCAAAAAGGCGGCACACAUUUACCGUUGCAUCUUACAUUACAGUGAGGAAGGACAAGAAACUGUCGGCCAGAGGCUCCGGCAAUUGCAAAAUGUACUUGUCUAUGAAAGCGCUGGUUUUAGAAAGACACUUGUUCUUCAGUUAAACGAAGUGACGGCGAGAGUACAGAGUGAUAGGGGCUCGGUGCAUAUCGAGGACGUUAAUGCUGUCUUACACAUUUACAUUCCCAGAGACCAGAGUGACCGUCGACGCUGCUACAGCCGUGACCUUCCCCAAACCCUGGGGCGUUAUUUUGGACUUAAGAGGGACUCCGCAGCAUAUUUCGCAUUGAUUUUUCUCGCUCCGGAGGACUUGAUUGGUGAAUGUCUAGAUGGCUAUGGGAUUGUUCGGGUUUCUCCCGACAUCGCUAUACAACCAGAAUCUGAACCUACAGACACGACAAUCUCAGACGGUCGUAUUGAAGGGGGCGACGUUUUCUCUGGAUCGGACGAUGCUCAGGAGAGUGAGGAGGGUAUGUACACACCACGGGAUACACCACGCGCAAGCCCUGAAGCCGCAGUAGAGCUACCGAGGACAAUAGUCACUCACAACAGGACGUCAGCUCCACCCCCGCGGCCUUUCACUGUUCCUUAUCCCGACUGGCCGUCCCCGGAUGGAGUUCCCAGGCCUUUCACUGAGCAUCAUCCGUAUAUUCAGCUUUUAGACAAAGUCAUCAGACUGGCUCGUCCGCUCACACUUUCUGAAGUUCUGCAACGCCCAAUGAACACAGUGGGGGGUGGUGCAAAUACUUCACAUGAAUCAGCCUUCGGGGUCCGAUCUGAGAAUCAACUUGCACACGAUAUCAAGAUCGGUGCUGCUGGAGAGUUAUUUGUAUUUGAGCUCUUGUCGUCGUCAGAUCUUCCAGGGUUUAGCCGUGACAACUGGCGCAGCACCAUUCGCAAGCAUAUCUGCGUCCAUCCCGACUACCACGACCUUGCACCUUGGUAUGGCUUUGAGACUGCCGACAUAGUCUACCGCGACACAAGCUCAGUCUUAACCACAACCUUGAUUGACGCUGGGUACUUGCCUCACGCACGGUGGCAUGGUUCAAAUCCAACGUACUAUAUAGAAGUGAAGACGACUACUGAGGAGUGCGACAGUGCUUUCUUCAUGAGUAAGAGCCAGUACAGACGAAUGCAGACAAUGUGGACUGAUCUUAACGUGGGACUGGAAGAGCCAGAUAUCUACGUCGUUUUCAGAGUUUACUACUUGGGCAAGGAGAGCAUGGGGUUGAAAAUAUACGUCGAUCCGGAAAGUCUACGACAAGAGCAGAGGUUGAUUUUCUCGACGGAGUCAUACAGUGUUUAUCCUAGUCUGGCUGCAUAG